UUAAGGUUAACAGAGUUUCCAGAAGUUGCUAUUAGCCUAUUUAGUAUUUACUCACUUUCUUUCUCUCUCCACCUCCAUCUCUUACCCCUUUUAAUAGUCAAACACCCUCUUUCGUCUUCCCCAACCCUUUCUCAUACAAAUUCCACAAACUCCAACCAAACCCAAAUCCAAGUACCCUUUUGCCUACUGGAUUCAAAGGUUUCACCUUUAUAUUGUGGGGUGCCUCAGAGAAGGAAAAAAAAUAUAUAGCAAGAGAAAAGGGAAAAAAAAAAUGCUGCAGUUGUUCUUCACAGUGGCUUUCUCUGCGGUUCCUCUGACCCUUUACGUGCCACCAAUCAGAAGCUUAAACCUCUUUGUGGAAACUAUGGAAUAUGUUGUCAGAGAAUCAAGAACUUACAGGAACAGGGUUUAUCCACGCCUACGAGUAGCAUGGUCUAGGAUGUUGGAUCUUAUGCUCUGCAACAACAACGUGAGGUAGAUAUGUCCAAUUUCGAGAAUCAAAUAUGGUUUUGAUUUUGAAGAUUGAGGUCGAACCACCACAUGAUACACCUUGUUGUAAAUAUGUUUUCCCUUUUUACUUUUUUGUUUCUUUUCUUGGACCCCUUUUUCUAGUUCUUGAUUUUUUUUUUUAAUUUUUUUUUUCUUUGGUUUACAUGACAUCAGUUCCCAAUCUGCAAUAAAUAUGUACGGAGGGUUGUGAGUUUGUUUUUUGAGCAGUUUUGCUCUUGUUACGGAUUGUUCUUGUUGUUGUUGUAAUUUUGUGACUUCUUUUUGACCAUUUGAGGUGAUUCUUGUUCAAUGUUGGUUAACCUAGAAAGAAUAAUGGAAUUUUCUGUGUUCAUCAUUGUUGA